CAGAGAGACUAGUAGCACGGUUUUGAAAAUGCUAGUAGAGAACCCCUCAUUCGCAGAUUCUUCAAUACCCGUCAACCAAACUCGUGGGAAAACCCCGGGGGGUGGGACUUAAUGACUAACCUGAAGCCCAGCCAAUUGGCACUUGUGAUGGAUGCAGAUUGGCCAAUGUUUUUUUUAAUUGGCACAUUCUCAGGCGACACACAAUUCGGUGUCUAUUGGUUCUGUAAAUAAUAUUUAUUCCUCUCGCUAUUAGGGCUGCUUCGUUUGUCUGUCAGUAUUUAAUAGUAUAGUCUAAGAGUCGUUCAGAAAAAUAGUUAUCUACAUUACAUGUUGUAGAUAUCAUACUCUGUGUUGCAUGGUGGCAGCUAGCUAGCCAGCAAUACUAGCUACUUUGGCUAGCUAAUUUGGAGGCUGUCAUAUCAGUUCUCAGCUGGUUUGCUAUCAACAAACUAGCCAGUUAAUUGUACAAACGUAUCAAAACCUCAGCUACUAAAGGACAGCAUUGGAAUGAGCAGGUGACAUGACACUCAAGCACCAAACUGACGUUUGAAUAAGGUCCUUCGAAGUACAUUCGGGCAUGCAGGCAGACAGUUGAGACCAUUAUGAGGGCACCCCAGGCCAGCAGGAGCCUGUGAGCGACCAUAACACCCUCACUGUCUACUCUCUAACCAGACAAACUUCCCUUCAGGUGGUAGGCCUAGUUUCUCUCUCACCCUUGCUAUGCCCUUGUCACUGCUUUGGGGAUAGAGGAACGUCCAUAAAGGGAAGCGAGAGGGGCUUCAUAUUGGGUUAGUUAGACAGGCGGACCCUGUAUUUCCCCCUGCUAUGCCCCAGCUGCCCCAGCCCCUAAAGCCAUGAGCUCUGCCCUGUGGAGCCAGGAGAAGUCCAGUGGAGGAUUCAGGGAGGACUGGCGCUUCUACAUGGUGGUCAAGGAGUGUACAGUGGAGAAGCCUCCCCAGAAGACCCAGAGGAUACCCCGGGGCAGCCUGGGACAGGCCUGCCAGGAGAGGAACAGCCUGGGGCGCACGCUACCCCCCAGCAAGGGCAAGAGGAGCCUACGCGUCCUGGACCAGACCAACGUGGUGCUGAGCCUGGAUGAGCGAGACGUCCUGGAGCUGGAUGAGAAGUUAGCUGAGCUGCUGUUCCCCAUCACCAACUGUGAGGAGCGCUAUGCCCUGCUGUGCAACAAGCCCCGGCUAGAGCGGGCCAGAGACAUCGAUUGUGGCUCCAAGGUGCGCGUGCAGCUGCGUUCGGGGGAUGAACCUUUGCCUGGGGUAGUCCGAUUUAAAGGAUCUCUUCUCCCAGACAGGGCUCUCUCCGGGGUCUGGUUUGGAGUGGAGCUGCUGGAGGAGGGCAGAGGCCAGGGCUUCACAGAGGGCUCCUACCAGGGCCGACAGCUGUUCCGCUGUGAGGAUGAGUGCGGGGUGUUUGUUGCCCUGGACAAGCUGGAGCUGUGGGAUGACGAGGAAGAGGAGCUGGGAGAGCUAGAGGUGGAUCACGUCACCCUGGUGGAGGAGGAGAUGGAUUUCCAUCAGCUGGAGAUCAACUCCAGGGUCCUGGUCCAGACCAGAGAGGGACCGGAGAGAGGAACCAUCAUCUUCUGUGACCUGCUGCCUGGGAAUGAGAGCCUGGGGUACUAUGUGGGAGUAGACAUGGACAAUCCUAUUGGGGACUGGGAUGGUGUUAUCGACGGGAAGCUGCUAUGUAAUUUUGCCAGUCUGGAACACACCCGUCUAGUGCCCAUCUGUGACGUAAUGCCAGAGUACUCCAUGCAGGACCAGAGGCUGCAGAAGCACAGUUUUACCCCCAGAGGCAGCAGCAGUGACAAGUCCUCCUCUGGCCAAAGCAAACCAAAGAGCAAAGGCUUAGGUCUUCAGUGUGGGAGUAGAAGCAAGUCAGAGUUUUAUUAUACUUUAAAUGGCAGCUCUGUUGACCACCCAGUCCAGGCCAAAUCCAAAAGCACAUGGUACAUUGAUGAAGUCGGAGAGGACCCUGCCAAGUCCCUCACAGACACGCCCCCUGACUUCAAUGAAGCCACACCUCCUACCAGGGCCCCGCCCUCUGCUUCCUUGUCCAAUGACAACAAGUUCCACUCCCUGCCCUUCAGCCUGAGUCGUAAGACGGGGCCCAAUGGCAGCAUGAGCCAUGGACCCCUCUCCCUCUCCGUGCAGUCAGUGAUGGGAGAGCAGAUGCAGAUGCCAGAGCCCCCGUCCCCUACCCCUCCCUCUCCGCGGCCCCCCUCACCCCCCAGCUCUCGCGGGGGUGGGGGUGUGCCUGGUCUGGAGGUGGGGUCCCUGGUGGAGGUGAAAGAGAACCCGCCCCUGUGUGGGGUCAUCCGCUGGGUGGGGCUGCCCCCGGGACUACCAGAGCCACUGGCUGGCCUGGAGCUGGAGGAAGAGUGUGUUGGCUGUACAGACGGCACCUUUCAAGGUACCCGCUACUUCAGCUGCGCGCCCAAGAAGGCCCUAUUUGUGAAGCUGAAAUGCUGCCGGCCUGACUCCCGUUUUCCCUCCCUACAUCACUCCUCCAACCCCAUAGAGAGAUGCAACUCUAUUGCUUUCGGGGGUUAUCUGAGUGAGGUGGUGCAUGAGAACACUCCUCCACGCACUGAGAAUGACGGUCUAGACAUCAUGGUGGGCAAGAAGAAAGGUAUCCAGGGACACUACAACUCCUGCUACCUGGACUCCACACUCUUCUGCCUGUUUUCCUUCAGCUCAGUCCUGGACACAGUUCUGCUGAGGCCGAGGUCCAAGACUGACGUAGAGUAUUACCGAGAGACACAGGAGCUGCUACGCACAGAGAUAGUCAACCCCCUGCGCAUACAUGGCUAUGUGUGUGCCACUAAAGUGAUGAAGCUCAGAAGGAUACUGGAGAAGGUAGAAGCUGCCUCAGGGUUCACGUCUGAAGAAAAAGAUCCUGAGGAGUUCCUCAAUAUUUUGUUCCAUCACAUAUUGAGGGUGGACCCCUUACUCAAGCUGAGAUCGGCAGGUCAGAAGGUUCAGGACUGUUACUUCUACCAGAUCUUCAUGGAUAAGAAGGACAAAGUGGGCGUGCCAACCAGCCAGCAGCUCAUAGAGUGGUCCUUCAUCAACAGUGACCUCAAAUUUGCUGAGGCUCCUUCCUGCCUUAUCAUCCAGAUGCCUCGCUUUGGGAAGGACUUCAAGAUGUUCAACAAGAUCUUCCCCUCACUAGAGUUAGACAUCACAGACUUACUUGAAGACACUCCCAGGGAGUGUCGAAUCUGCGGGGGUCUGGCUCUGUAUGAAUGCAGGGAGUGCUACGAGGACGGUGACAUCACUGCCGGGAAGAUAAAACAGUUCUGUGAAAAGUGCAAUACACAGGUUCACCUCCACCCGAGGAGGAAGGCCCAUCGCCACGGCAAGUUGUCCGUCCCCAAGGAACUGCAGGAGGGUGUGUGGCGGCAGGGUAGCUACCCUCGCCAGCGGAUGGAGCUGUUCGCCGUGCUCUGCAUCGAGACCAGUCACUACGUGGCCUUCGUCAAGUACGGCCACCAAGACUCUGCAUGGCUCUUCUUCGACAGUAUGGCCGACCGCGACGGAGGGCAGAAUGGCUUCAACAUCCCCCAGGUGUCUCCAUGUCCGGAGGUGGGGGCCUAUCUGAAGAUGACCCCUGAGGAGCUGCACGCCCUGGACCCCAAGAGCAUCCAGGGCCAGGCCCGCCGUCUGCUGUGUGACGCCUACAUGUGCAUGUACCAGAGCCCCACCAUGAGCCUGUACAAGUAAAGCCCCCGGGGCAAGAGACUCCCAGACAGACAGACGGGAGAGCUGCAGUCCAGAGCUCUCUCCCUGUGUCCCCACCACCUCCUCAAUGUCUGCCCCUGUCUCCUCAGUCUACUCUGCCCAAAGUGAAGAGACUAUAAAAGAGAAAAGAAAAAGCUUAUUUGCACUGUGCAUUUGUUGAAGUGUUGUUCUUCUUGUUUUCCCUCUGUGGUGAACAACAAAACAAGCUGAUCUUGACGUCAGUAGCUUCCCUGUGCCUCGUAGCUGAGUGGUGGGGGACGGCGGUCGAUGGAGACACGCGAAGCCCGCUGAAUAUUAUUCUCUUCCUGUGGAGAGGAAGAGGAGAGAGAGAGGGGGACGGCAUGCUCUCCUCAGCUGACCAAACAUGCGAAACAAAAACAAGCAAUGUUAAUGGAAGGACAGAGGCCACCUCAUUUACCUAAAGCAGGGGGAGUCCUGCUUUUCUUAAUCAGUGUAAGAGAUUGGAGCGCUCCAUAAUUCAACUCAUAGUGGAAAUAAUGCCAUGUUCAAAACCCUCAACCAACUAUGUAUACUGUUUAAACAGCUUGUCUUAAGACAUCCUUAGUUAGUACCAUGAUCCAUUAUGUCAGAUGUGUACCACCACCAACAGUAUAUUUGUGUCAACCAAAUAUAGCAUUAGGAUCAACCAGAAUACUUUGGUUGGCAUAUUUCCCUAUUAUACCUUGUAGAUUUCAUGAAAGUGUGUGUGUUCCAAAUGGAUAUAUGGUAAAGGCGGCUGUAUGAUAGUUCUCCAUGCAGUCAGAGGACAGGUCAGGUACUCUAAAGCCUGGCAGGUGUUUUUGAAUUAACAGUUUGUGGAAAAAUUCAACUGAAAUUUUCUAUUUCGAUUUUUCUGUUUUGUAAGUCUCAAGGCGUUGUGUGUCAGAAAACAAAAUUAUUUCAUGUCUAAACUUUUAACUGCACUCAAGACAGCAAAACCCCUGCUUGCCAUGUGUCAUUUUCAAUACUUAUCUAUCUGAUGAGACAAUAGUAUAUGCCUUUUGUGUCUUUUUCAUACAUUUGUGACAGUUAACUCCCCAACCGUGGAUCAAAAUCAAGUAACUUUAAAAUACAGUAUAUUCCUAAUUUAUAUUUUAAUCUGAAUAUAUUUACAUUCUCGUAUUUUUAUUUUUUGAAGGAAAUUUUAAAAAUAUAUUAAAUAUAAGCUAUCUGGAACUCCUCCUCCCAUCUCUCACCAGAUAUUGAAGUGAGUUCUUGUGAUUCAUGCCGUCCCAUUAAUACUACUGAAUGUUACCACCAGUGGCAUGCUGGGUAGUGUAGUUUAAUGUCAUGAUGUUGGCCUGAUUUAGGAGGUUCAAUGCUGGUUUCCUGAUGACUACAACCUCCACAAAGCCCCAUUGUUAUUGUUUUCCCAGGGGACAUUAUUACUGUGUGUGCUUGUUUCUGCACUGCUGAAGUUUAAUGCUCGUCACAGACAGACAGGAGGACUUUCUUUACUCCACGGGAGCCUGUGAGUCUCUGAUAUGGAUAUCUAUGAACAUUUGACUUGUGCAUCUAUCUGUAAAGUAUAAAACGUAUAUAACGGAUGGAAAUGAAUGUCAAUGCUGUUCUCGUAAAUGUUAACAAAAUUAAAACCCCUGUUUUGAAA